AUGGAGGAAUUUGAGCAGCAGAAAAUUAGUGUUUCACUACCAUCACUACGGCUGGAUUACGAUGUUUUUCUGAGUUUCAGAGGCAGUACUCGUGAAAAAAUCACGAAAAGCUUAUACGAUGCUUUGGACUCAAAAGGCAUUCGAGUUUUUCGAGACUCUGAGGGAUUAACUCAGGGCGAUCAGAUCUCAACAGGUCUGGUAGAAGCAAUCAAUGAUUCUGCUGCUGUAAUUGCUAUUAUUUCAUCUGAUUACGCUUCUUCGAGAUGGUGCGUCGAGGAAUUAGCGACGUUCUGUGAGCUGGGUAAACUCGUUCUACCUGUGUUUUACAAAGUUAACCCGUCGGAUGUGCGGAGGCAGCAAGGGACAUUUUUCAAUGAUUUUAGGGAUUUGGAGAGGAAGUCUAAACCGGAAAAGAUGGCGAGAUGGAGAAACGCCAUGAAAACAGUUGGCGGGAUCUCUGGUUGGGUUUACAAUAACGGGUAA